GUUAAAACAUGACAUCUGAGUAUCGUCCAAGAAUUAUUGUGAAUGGAACAAGAAGAACAAGAACGUUCCAUUACUUCUAUUGCCGUCAUUGCAGCCGCACCAUUAGGCUCCGAAACUAUGGUCUAUAUGGUCCUAUAUGUCCUCUCUGUUCCAGAGAGAUCAAUCUCCACGAUGAGCUUGACAUUAUGAGGCUAAACCGGCCUUAUUGGGAUACCGAUACCGAUUGGAUCACUCUCCAUCUUGUCAACUCAACGAGAAGCAACCGGCACAAUCAUGAACUAGUUAAUACCGAUGAUGAGUUCGCUGAUGUCUUGCCUAACGAACGUGUCGGUCCACCACCGGCCUCUCCAUCCGCCAUUGAGGCUGUAAAUACGGUGACGAUCUCGGAAGAAAAUUUGGCAAAAGAGAAGGUUUGUGCGAUAUGCAAGGAGGAGUUUGAAGUUGGAGAGGAAGGAAAAGAGUUGAAAUGUUUGCAUUUGUACCAUCCAAGCUGCAUUGUGUCUUGGUUGAAUAUUCAUAAUACUUGUCCCAUUUGUCGCUUUGUGGUUAACUUAGGCGUUUCCCAUAGUCACGUUGAUGGAGAAGGGUCUCACAACCUCGGCAAUGGUCGAUCAAAUCGCAUUCGAACUAGGGUUUGUUCUUUGUGGCCUCUCCGAAUGAUGUUUGAUUGGGUACAUAAUCUCCUCGAUGUAAGAAUAACAAACACUUGAAAAACAUCAAAGAUAUUGCGAACAAGAAUAUUGUAUGAAAAUAGUAAUUAUAUAUAGACUAAAAUUAGGUUAAUUAUGAGAGACUGGAGUAAAUAUAUACAUCAAGAAGAAAAUAAAAUCAAGAGGCAACGAGGAUUAAAGGCGAAAAGAGGCGUUUAUAGAUUUUUCGUGAAACAAAACUCUGACUAUAUUUUAUGUAAAUAUAUCGUCAAAUUAUUAUCAUUGAUUCCUUUGGAAGUUGUACGUAACUCGUGUAAAUAAAAUUAAGA